AUGACUACAGUACUGCGGCCAAGACAUGCGUGGGAAUAUGCGCUCAUCCUGGACCAGCCUCAGCGAGGCUAUCUAGAAUUCUUCAUAGGUGAACUUAUUGAUGCCAUGGAGCAGUUGCAUAUGGAACUUGACGUGUCUACAAACCAUGUCUUAUACGAUACCUCCCCGAUUGCACGGCUCCCAGAUGAGCUACUCGAGCUGAUAUUUCUGCACAAUACUUUCAAGGAGCUGAAAGAAGACAAAACUUCGCUCGUUCACGAUCCUUACAGGACUACGAUCACGACCCUUCUCGUGUGUAAACGAUGGUACACCGUCGCACUUUCAUAUCCCCCACUAUGGAGCCGUAUUAUCGACUACCGACGGCAUUCACCUCAAUGGAUUGCUGAGCUGCUCUCGCGGUCCAAACACUCGCUUAUAGACGUCGGCCAGGACUCGGUUUUCGAGCUUGUGCGUCUACGGGAUGCGCGAGGAAAGACGAUCCUUAAACAUAUAUUCGACCAUGCAUCGACGCUGCGCACGCUCAGCUUGGAGAUCACCUUCGCUCCUUGGGAAUUUAUCUGCAAGGAAUUUCUACAAUACCCCGCACCGGAACUGGAAUACCUGAAUAUCAUCACCUCCUGCCCCUUUCCGGACUGUCUUUAUCCAGGACCUCUCUUUGCAGAUUGUGCGCCGAAGUUGAGGAGGUUCCAUCUGCAAAGAUGUCUCGUCGAUUUUACAUCGCCUAUGCUAUGCAACUUGACAGAAUUAUCUGUCAUGGAUAUUCUCUCCCCUUUCAUCGGCCUCAUGCGCAAGCUCGACCACCCGCUCAAAGUCGCUCCCACUCCAGGCGGAUGGCUUUCAAUUUUACAGCACAUUCCUUCUCUGAAAUAUCUCACACUCAACAACGCCAUCUCCCAUCCAACGGACAACGAGGCAAUGCCGGACAUUACCCUUCCGAACCUGCUCUUCCUAACAGUCGGCGCCAAAUUCCACGACGGCACCGCCUUCCUACACCACCUCUCCAUCCCCACAUCGUGCGGGAUCAGACUCCGCUUCAGCCACGACAAAUCAAGCACAAGCGCAGACGCCGGCCGACUGCUCUCGUUCCUCAGCACCCAGCUGUCCUUCUGGCCGGACGACACGCCGGAGCGCUAUCUGCAGGCGAAGAUCCUCAGCGGGGACCGCAUCCAUUUCGGGAACUCGAGGCGCGUGGGCCAUAUUUGGGAUAUGACAGAGGCGGACGUGAUCGCGGAGCAUGCGGCGAGCACCUGCGAUCCGCUGCUGUGGCUCGUGCUCUCGUUCGACACCUCGGACGACACGCUGCAUUUUUUCAACAGCCUCCUUUCGCUGUACGAGCCGACGUAUGCGACGACUACCACCCUCGAUCUAUGGAUAGACGAGGAGUUUAUGGCUGCCGCUAACGAUAACAAUGCAGCGGGCAACGGCAGCGCGCUGACCAACCUCGGCCCACCCUUCCCCUCGCUCGACAUCCUACACUCCUUCACAUCCGUACGCACACUCAACCUCCUCGAGCGCUCCCCCCUCUACCUCCUCCCCCACCUGCAAACAGCCUCACUGCCCGACCACACACUCUUCCCCUCCCUGCGCUCGCUGCGGCUCACACGGACCAACUUCGAGGGCGAGCAGCGCACGGCGUACUUCACGAUCAUCGCGUUCCUCAUCUGGCGCACGCAGGUGCACAAGCCGCUUGGCGAUCUGCAGAUUGUCGAGAGCAGGAUGAGCAGGGAGACGGAGGAGGCGAUUGCGAGGGCGGGUAAUGUCCGGGUUAUGAAGGCUUCGGGGUCCAGUGCUUUUGUUCGCGAUGGUGGGGAUGGGUUGGGUGGGAGAUGA